AGGGCAAAGGGAUAAAAUUUCUUAUUUGACGGAGCAGUUACUGGGUGUUUAUGUUUAAUACCUUUUAUUAAUUUUCGGAAAGGAUUCAUUUUCUCAAACAGGAUCUGAUGAUACAAUUACGGUUCACUGUUGAGCAAAUGCAGACACGAAACAAAACCAGAGUCAGUAAAGCCGAGCUCUGUGCCUGGGUGCGCGGAUGCCGAGAGAGGCCGGGAUUCCGCGCAGCCUUCGGGGUUUCCCCGGCUCCCCCCGGCAGGGGGCGCCGCGACGGACUCGAGGGGGCGGAGACCUCGAGGGGGCGGGACGGCCAGCAUCCCCUCCCUCUGGCGCAGCCAUGCCGGGGCCGCGGAAGCGGCUUCCUCGCGAGCAGGAGGCGGCGGCGGCGGCGGCGGCGGAGGGGAUCCUGGCGAAGGCGCCCUCCCCGCCCCACCUGGGCGCCGCCUUCUUCGACCAGCCGUGCGUCCGCCUGGCCAGGGCGCUGCUCGGACAGAUCCUGGUCCGGAGGCUGCCAGAUGGGAGAGCGCUCCGGGGGCGCAUUGUGGAAACGGAGGCCUACCUGGGAGGAGAGGACACCGCGUCCCACUCCAGGGGCGGGCGGCAGACUGCCAGGAACAUGGCCAUGUUCAUGGCGCCGGGCACUCUGUACGUGUACCAGAUCUACGGGAUCUACUUCUGCAUGAACAUCUCCAGCCGAGGGCAGGUGCCAUCACCAAGAAGGCCCUCUGCCUGGUUCCCUGUAACCUCGCUUCUCGCAGGGAGGAAACCGCCAGAAGGUCCUUGGAGCUGGACCUCAGUGUCCAGGCAGAACGAUGGAGGUGGAGACGCUCCUUCAGGGGAGGGGGCGGCCGUCCUGCUGCGCUCCUUGGAGCCCCUGCAGGGCCUGGAGGCGAUGAGGGAGCUGCGCCUGGCUCAGCGGAAAGGGGCCCCCCGCCCUCUCAAGGACCGGCACCUGUGCAACGGGCCUUCCAAGCUCUGCCAGGCCCUGGCUGUGGACAAGACCUUCGACCAGCAGGACCUGGCCUGCCAUCCGGCCGUGUGGCUGGAGCCCGGCCUGGGGGCGCCCAGGGAGGAAGACGUCAUCUCCGCUCCCCGCAUUGGCAUCAGCGGCGAGUGGGCACAGCAGCCCCUGCGCUUCUACGUCUGGGGCAACCCGUGCGUGAGCGUGACGAACAAGGCGGCCGAGGGGGCCAGAGGCAGCCGGCCGCCAGCGGAGGCCUCUCCCUGCUGCUGAUGCCCAGGAACUGGGGGCUCCGGAGGCUUCCCAGGAUGGGGAGAAUAACAGGGAAGCCUGGGACCCUUUCAGUCUUGUGAAUUUAUUUCUUUCCAAAAUAAAAUAGUUUUGCUUUGAGGCUGGUGGUUGUGGCUGCGGGAAAGCCUUCCUGCCUGCAGCAUAUUGAAGGAAGGAGCUGCCUGCAAAAUGCAGAAUUGGAAGGAGGAAAACCGCCCCCCUUCCACGAUGUGGGGAGAUAAGAGUUCCUCUGCUGCUAGGAAGAGGUACCAGAAUCAUCCCAACAAAUUCUCCCCCCAUUCCCUUUGUUAAACCUGCUCCUGCCCUUGGUCCUUGUGGAAGAGAGAGGAGCCACCUGACUGAGCAAGCAGGAUGCGGCCAGUUCAGGUGGCCUGAGAGAGGAGGCCAAGCCAGUGGUCACCUGCCCUUCAGAAGUAAGGAAGGUAGGUUUGUGGGUCAAGGCAGGGAGGAAAAGAGCCGGUACUUUCACAACAGACUUGUUCCCUGACUUAAGAGGAGAAAGAUUUCACAUUUUCCAGCAUGUGGUUGUAAUUGUGCAAUGGCGGGUGAACAGUCUGAGGCUUGCCUGCAACUAUCAAGACACAGGUGUGUCCCCCCAGCUCUCCACCCCCCUCCCCCAGCCAAGAGAAGUGUCCAGCAGAUGGAUCGCUAUGUCUGCAGCCGUCAGCAGAGGCCCAGAAGCAGCAUCUGAGGCCUGGCAGUGCCAGGAGCGUGACCGAAUCAGGGCCGCUGGCAGGCAUCUGUGCACAAGGCCCCCAAGUCCCCUCCUUGCCCCCCAUGUGGCUGCAAGAAGGGGGUGCCUUCUUCCCCCAUCCCGAGGGCCAGCAAUCCUCCUUCAAAGUCCUGGGCAGCGGCCGCCCCUCCUCACUUCUGGAAGGACUGGAAGACGGAGAUGACGGGGUCCUCGUGGUUCGUCACCACCAGCACACCCCGGAACUUGUCAAAGAGCAUCAGGAGGU